AUGGCCGACGCCUGGGGCACGGUGACGCUGUCGUCGCUCGAGUUCAGCGGCGAGAAGGCCCAGCUCCCCUACGUCCAGGUCCUCGACGGGAAGAAGCGCGUGCUCUGCAAGACGGGCGUCGUCAGGGCGAGCGGCCCCGAGGCCGCGUCCUUCGGCGGCGAGGCGUUGGCCUUCGACGUCGGCGACGACUGCGGCGACGCGCUGCGGAUCGACGUGCGCGAGAGCAAGACGUUCCACAAGGGCACGAUCGGCGCCGCCGACGUGCCGACGGCCGCGCUCCUGAAACACGCGGCGACGGACGUGUCGCUGGCCCUGCGGCCCGGCGGCUGCCUCAAGCUGGUCGUCCGAUUCGCGGAUCGGCGGCCGCUCUACGGGUUGGGCCUCGAGGCCGCGUGCGCGCGCAACGGCGGCCGCCUGCCCCUCGCGGUCGAGGUGCUCGUCGCGGACCUCGAUCGGCGCGCGCUCGCCCUGAAGGGCGUCUACCGCGUGCCCGGCGACUCGUCGGAGGUGCGCGACGUCGAGGACGCGCUCCAGGCCGCGGCGAACGCCGCGGCCGCCGCGCCGGGCGUGAGCGCGUGCGACGCGUCCGCCGUCGCGUCCGCGCUGAAAAAGUACUUUGCGAAGCUGCCCGUCGCGCUGCUGCGCGCCGACGGCGGCGUCUACGAGGCCUUCGUCGCCGCCGCGCGGGGCGUCGGCCCGGACGCGGCGACGAGCGUCGCGGCCUUCCGGGCCGCGCUCGCGCGGCUGCCGCGCGACGCGCGGUUUUCUGCUGACGCGCUCUUCGCGCACCUCCGCCGCGUCGCGGACCGGAGCGACGAGAACAUGAUGAACUCGACGAAUCUGGGCGUCUGCUUCGGGCCGACGCUCUUCCACGCGGCCGAGGGCGGCGACCCGGCGCUCGGGCUCAUGAACGUCAACGAGCACAACGCGGCCGUCACGUUCCUCGUCGAGCACGCGGCCGCGUGCUUCGGCGCCGAAGCGCCGGCGGCGCCCGCCGCCGCGGCGGCGGCGCCGCCGCUCCUGUCGUCGUCGCCGGGCGCGCCGCGCGACGACGCGGACCUCGCGGCGCACUUCGCGGGCGUCGACGACGACGGCGACGGCCUCGUCGACGGCGACGGCCUCGAGGCGCUGGCCUACUGCCUCGGCGUCUUCCCCGCGGCGGAGCCGGCCGCGCUCGCCGCGGCGCGCGCGGGGCCGCACGGCCGCUACGACGCGCGCGAGGUCGCCCGGUGGUGGCGCGCGGUCGGCGACGGCCGGCCCACGCCGCCGGCCCUCGACGCCGAGGCCUACACCAUGGUCACCUACUUCCUCAGCUUCGACGAGGCCAAGGUCGGCUUCCUCGACGCGAACCAGUUCGCGAGCCUCCACGAGGGCCUCCUCGAGGGCGGCUACGACCUCCCGAACGCCGCCGACACCAUGGACCUCAUGGACGUCAACCGCAACGGUACCGUCUCCUACGCGGAGUUCAUCGCCUGGUUCCAGGGCCUCCUCCGCAGCGCCGCCUCCGCGUGA